CCGGUUUGGGUUUCGAUACAACGUUCAAUCCCGCAGUAAGCAGCUGCCGUUUAUCAACCACUUCUCCUUCGUCAUUGACGGCGAUUUUUGCCCCCUUGGCAUUAAGCUCCUCUGCAAUCUGUGUUGUGGUCUUCUCUUGCUCCACUUCGUCAUUCUCCACUGUCGCUUUGUUCUUCACUGCUUCUUCUGCAAAUCUAACGGCUUCUUCAUGUCUCUGCUCGUCCCGCUUAAGAAAAUCCCUGUAGAAUCCAACCAUCCCAAUACCUUUCUUCCUCUUCUCUGCUUCUUCCUUUUCCUUCUCGGCCUCCUCAGCUUCUAUCCGCUUCACUUCUUCCUGUUGCGCCUUGUAAGCAGCAGUCACAAACUUUUCUUUAUCAGCAAAUUCAUCUCCCUCAGCCUCUCGUUCGCGAGCUACCAGCUUAUCCCUCGCUCGUAACUGGUCUCGUUUCCGUGUGUCGGCGCUCUUAAGAAGAGCAGUCAUAUAUUUCGGUCCCUGCGACGCUGAAUUGCCAUCUGAAUUGGAGUUUUUGGUUUUUGACCGGGCAUGUAGAGAGUCAUAUACUCCAUCGUAGUCAUAUAUUGAUGGAUCGAGGGACUCGGCUUCGUUUCCGUGCUUCUUGCUGGUAUGAAGAGAGGCAAGAUUUGUGUAUUCACGUUUCGAUGGCACUUCUCCAGGUUUUGACGAUGUUGUCUUCUUUUUUAACGGAGCUUCAUCCGUCGUUCGCGAAGGGUUUGAUUCCGGGAAAGGCGACAAACCGCCUAAUGUUGUGAUCUCGACACCAUUCGACUCGCCAUCCUUUUGGCCUUCGUCUUCGGAAUCUGGGUCAUCCCACAAGCUUUUUCGUUUCUGGCCCGCAAAUACAGAGCUAGAUGACUUCUUUAUGUUCGUCCCGAACAAAUUAAGUCCGUAAUUGAGCUUUGGCGGUGCCAUCUGAAGUGCUGUAAAUUUGUUAUUUGCAACUUGCAGAAUUGAAGCUGCGAAUGUCGCAAAACUGAAGCUUCGAAGGUUCAUUUGAAGAUGUACAACGUGACAUAGAGCCGCCUGGGCGUUAUAUUACGUAAUACAUUGGAGUGUCACUUCGGCCGAUUUUCAUGUCAACAAGCCACCGCGAAAUGAACAUCUUUGAGGUGUUGAUAGGACAGGGAGAAUAUCUAUCACUCGGAACACUGUGAGGAAAGCGGAUGUAAUAUGUCAUAUUAUUUCACUAUUUUGUCGUCAGCAGACGUACCGCUCUUCAGCCAGGCAUUCGGGACGUCGAAAGGGGGUGCGGAUGGCAUUGCUCGAUUCCGAUAUGCCGAUAACGAGAGAUAUAUGAACCAGUUCAUUAUACAUGCAAGCCUGGAUAUAGUUGAAGAAGUCCAAUGGACUAAUGGCGCCAUGUAUCUCAAACAUAUUGACACCUACCCACCAGCUUCAGCAUAUAUCUCUGCGUUUCUCACAGGAACAGGGGUGCGGUUUCUUCUCCUACAUCAACCCCCACCUUCGACCUCUCAACCUGGUGCAGGGGGAUCCGCCAGUGGUAGUGGUGGUGGCUUAUCUGCUUCCGGCUUCCUCUCAGGGGCCUCAAGCUCGUCACGAAGCUCGUCAUCGUCGAUAGCGCAUAACCCUACCUCCCCACAGACAGAAGAUGCGAUUCGGCAGUUUAUGAAUGAAGUUUAUGAAAAUUGGGUCAAAACAGCCAUGAGUCCAUUUUAUCGGCGCGGCAUGGAGAUUACAAGCCCAGUGUUCCGUUCCAGAGUAAUGGCUGCAGGAAAGAAGUGGUUAUAA